GCCUGCUGCUGAUGCUGCCGGUGUCUGCAGCAGGAGGGGAAGGAGGGAGGAGAGAGACCUAGGCGCCGCAAGCAUCAGUUGCAGCAAGAGCACCAGGAGGAGGAGGAGGACUCAGGGAGAGCAGCAUCCCGGGAGCAGAGCCCGCAGCAGGAGGAGCGCCAGCCCAGCCCAGAGAGAGCCUCGCCGCUCUGCUGCUGCUGGGGGGUGACAGGCAGGGAACCAGGCUCCCCAUCGCUCGCCCUCCUCUCGCUGCCCUCCUGCGCCUUUUCCCGGGAAUCGCACCCCACUCCAAGCCCUCGCCGCCCCUCUUUCUUCCACCCUCGCAAAGGAGAGCCUUCCCCCGCCAGCAUGACGACGGAAGUCAAUGAAUGCAGCAUCAAAGUGCUCUGUCGCUUCAGGCCCUUGAAUCAGUCCGAGAUCAUCCGGGGGGAUAAAUUCAUCCCGGUUUUCCAAGGCGAUGACACCGUCAUCAUUGGGGGGAAGCCUUAUGCCUUUGACCGUGUUUUCCCUCCCAACACUACCCAAGAGCAAGUGUACCAUGCCUGUGCCAUGCAGAUUGUCAAAGAUGUGCUGGCUGGCUACAAUGGUACUAUCUUCGCUUAUGGGCAGACAUCCUCAGGGAAGACUCACACCAUGGAGGGUAAGCUGCAUGAUCCCCAGCUCAUGGGUAUUAUCCCGCGCAUUGCCCAGGACAUCUUCAACCAUAUCUACUCCAUGGAUGAGAACCUGGAAUUCCACAUUAAGGUUUCCUACUUUGAAAUCUAUUUGGAUAAAAUUCGUGAUCUGCUAGAUGUGACCAAGACCAAUCUCUCAGUUCAUGAGGACAAGAACCGUGUGCCAUUUGUGAAGGGCUGCACUGAGCGCUUUGUUUCCAGCCCUGAAGAAAUUCUGGACGUCAUUGACGAGGGGAAAUCUAACCGUCAUGUGGCAGUCACUAACAUGAACGAACACAGUUCUCGCAGUCACAGCAUCUUCCUCAUCAACAUCAAGCAGGAGAACAUGGAGACGGAGCAGAAACUGAGUGGGAAGCUUUACCUGGUGGAUCUGGCUGGGAGUGAGAAGGUCAGCAAGACAGGAGCUGAGGGUGCUGUGUUGGAUGAGGCCAAGAACAUCAACAAGUCUCUGUCAGCGCUUGGCAAUGUCAUCUCAGCUUUGGCUGAGGGAACGAAGGGCUAUGUACCCUACCGUGACAGCAAAAUGACGCGGAUCCUGCAGGACUCCCUAGGUGGAAACUGUCGCACGACAAUGUUUAUCUGCUGUUCUCCUUCCAGCUAUAAUGAUGCUGAGACCAAAUCUACUCUCAUGUUUGGACAACGAGCCAAGACAAUCAAGAAUACAGCAUCAGUGAACCUGGAGUUGACAGCAGAGCAGUGGAAGAAAAAGUUUGAGAAGGAGAAGGAGAAGAAUAAAGUCCUGAAGGAGACAAUUGCCAAGCUGGAAGCUGAAUUAGGCCGCUGGCGCAAUGGUGAGAAUGUCCCAGAAACAGAGCAACUGAGUGAUGAGGAGAAGGUGGUGCCUGACAUCUGUGAUGAGACGCCUAUUAAUGAUAAUAACUCCUCCAUUGUGAUCCGGAUCUCAGAUGAAGAGAGACACAAAUAUGAGGAGGAGAUCCGUAAGCUCUACAAGCAGCUUGAUGACAAGGAUGAUGAAAUUAAUCAGCAGAGCCAACUGAUGGAGAAGCUCAAGGAACAGAUGCUGGACCAGGAAGAGCUGCUAAUGUCAACACGUGGAGACAAUGAAAAGGUGCAGCAGGAGUUAAGCCAUCUGCAAUCAGAGAAUGAUUCUGCUAAGGAAGAAGUGAAGGAGGUUCUGCAAGCUCUGGAGGAACUGGCUGUCAACUAUGAUCAGAAAUCGCAAGAGGUGGAAGAGAAAAGCCAGCAGAAUCAGCUGUUGGUGGAUGAGCUGUCCCAGAAGGUGGCCACCAUGCUAUCAUUGGAAUCAGAGUUGCAGCGGCUCCAGGAGUUCAGUGCGCAUCAGCGCAAGCGCAUUGCAGAGGUGCUCAAUGGUCUCAUGAAGGAUCUGAGUGAAUUCAGUGUCAUUGUGGGCAACGGCGAAAUCAAACUGCCAAUAGAGAUUAGUGGAGCCAUUGAGGAGGAAUUCACCGUUGCUCGGCUGUACAUCAGCAAAAUCAAGUCAGAAGUGAAAUCAGUUGUGAAGCGUUGCCGGCAGCUGGAAGGACUACAAGUCGAGUGUCACCGCAAAAUGGAGGUGACAGGACGGGAACUGUCUUCCUGUCAGCUCCUCAUCUCUCAGCAUGAGGCCAAGAUCCGCUCACUCACUGAGUACAUGCAGAGCGUGGAGCUGAAGAAACGGAACCUGGAGGAGUCCUAUGAUGCUCUCAGUGAAGAGCUGGCUAAACUGCAGGCUCAAGAAACUGUGCAUGAAGUGGGCAAGGAGCAGGACCUGAUCCAAGAUACAGAUGAAGUCAAAAAGGCCCUGGAAGUGCAACUGGAGAGUCACCGUGAGGCCCACCACAAGCAACUGGCACGAUUGCGUGAUGAGAUUAACCAGAAGCAGAAGAUCAUCGAUGAGCUCAAGGACUUGAACCAGAAAUUAGAGCUUGAGCUAGAGAAGCUUCGUGCUGACUAUGAGAAGCUCAAGAAUGAGGAACAAGAGAAAGCACAGAAACUUCAGGAGCUGACAUUUCUGUACGAGCGACAUGAGCAGUCCAAGCAGGACCUCAAAGGGCUGGAGGAGACCGUGGCCCGUGAACUCCAGACCCUCCACAACCUUCGCAAGCUGUUCGUUCAAGACGUCACAACUCGAGUUAAGAAAAGCGCGGAGCUGGAACCCGAGGAUAGUGGGGGGGCUCAUUCCCAGAAACAGAAGAUUUCCUUUCUUGAAAACAACCUGGAACAACUUACAAAAGUUCACAAACAGUUGGAUCGCUGGGUCUCCAAGCUGGUUCGUGACAAUGCAGAUUUGCGUUGUGAGCUUCCUAAACUGGAGAAACGUCUUCGGGCUACGGCUGAGAGAGUUAAGGCCCUGGAGGGUGCACUGAAGGAGGCUAAAGAGGGUGCGAUGAAAGACAAGCGUCGCUACCAGCAAGAGGUUGAUCGCAUCAAGGAGGCAGUGCGCUACAAGAACACCAUGAAGCGCAACCACUCUGCACAGAUCGCCAAGCCAGUGCGGCCAGGACACUAUCCAGCUUCAUCCCCCACCAACCCCUAUGGUGUCCGCAACUCUGACUGCAUCAGCUACACCAACAGCCUCUUCCAGAACUAUCAGAACGUCUACCUGCAAAAUUCUGGCAGCACUGUGCCCGACAGGUACUUUACCAAUGCCUCAUCCAGCAGUGGAAGCAGCUCCUCCAGUGCCCCGCUGGCCUCCUAUCGGAAGCUCAAUAUGGAUAACGGAAAUGCCACAGACAUCAAUGAUAACAGAAGUGACCUGCCCUGCGGUGUUGAAGCUGACGAUCAAGCCAAGCUCUUCCCUCUUCACCAGGAAACUGCAGCCAGCUAAUAGCAAAAGCGUCACCACUUGCCCAAGGGGCUGCAAUACACCAUCAGUUUCUAAUUGGGACGGAAGCCUCAACUCUGCAUGCUGCAGCCUGGCUUUCCAUGACUUCUGCUACAAAUGGGCCCUGUUUGUGUGUCCUGCUCUCUCCGUGUCCUGUAUAUUUAUCCAGCUGCUGCUUCACUCUCUCACUGUUUCUCUGUCUUACUCACUUAAUGGUAUACUCACUUAUUUCCUUGGGCUCCCUGCUCCUUAGUCCAGGAGGCAAUUGCCUCUUCCUCCCUUUUCCUGCCUCAGUUGCCUUAAGGGACUGGUUGCCAUUGAUGAAUGGAGAUGCAGAAGCACCCUCCUGGAGGCAUAUAUUCCUGCCUAAGAGAAGGGAUUCAAAGCAUCUCCCUUGUAUCACAUUGACCCUAGCCUAAUACACCACCCUUAUUCUUACCACUGUCGGCUGAACCUCGUGUGCCCUGUGGGAAUUAGGCACUUCCAGGUUACUGGCUAGGUAGGCAGGUAGGAAUUGCUUGCCUAUUAUGGGCUGACUCUGCAAAAAUGUACGGAGUAUCCCUUACUUAGCCCUUGUCUUUACAAAAUGUUCCAAGGGCAUAAAACGUGGGAAACCAGCUCCACAUUAUUGAGUCUGCCAUGGUGCUUGAAUCUCAACUGUCUUUGGAUAUGAAUAUAUCCCAGGUAUACUUAACAUGUUGAAGAUCACUGUGAUGGUUCCGCAAUGGCAAAGAAACCUAUCUGAAUAUGCAGAAGUUACUUUCUGCUUGCUUGCUUUCAAAACUUGCUUUCAAAACUCUUCCAGCUGGCAUGAUGGUGUUGGUGGCUCCUGUACUUUGUGGAGCUGGCCAUCUAUUAGCCAUCAGUGGAAACAACACAGGGGAUAACAGAGUAAUGGGGGGCAUGCAGGUAUACAGGAGCUAUCCCAACAUAGGGGUAGUGAUGUGGCUCUUUAUAUGAGAGCAUAACUAGGCACAAGGAACACAUCAAUAGUUUUAUUUUAGUCUGUGAAGAUGGAGACAAGGUAGUUUGGGCUCGAGGAGGAAGAUGAGAGUUUGCAAAGCAAUGUGGUUGCCAGUUCCCCAACACUGUCCUGAUCAACUGCAGCCAUGGCACAAGGGGAGGCUAGGGUCAAACGAUACUGCAAAGUGAGACAAGAAAAAAAUUGAGGCUGCUAUCAUAUUUUCAGUUGUUCCUUUUUUUUUU